CCUCGUUAAACCGCACAGAUCGGUGUACAACGAGCACCAGACUCACCCGUUAGUCGCUUUAUCAUAACCAUCACCUAUUGUCUCGCUUUUGGGCUACAGAGAAGAAAUUCAGAUGCAAGUGUAAGCUGGGUGAUUUGAGCGGUCUGUGCAGUGUGUGUGUCUUUACCUUGCUAAACACACAUUAGCCAGUGAUGCACACGGGCCAUCUUGAUGGUCAGUUCACAAACGAAACCAAGGAGAAUUCGCAUUGCUUUUCUCAUAUCUGCUCCUUUGUUUGGAUCGGUGUCUAAAACCUCCGCUCAUCUUUUAUUUCGGAAGAACUAGCCAGCCACUGUUGUGUUUUAGCAAACUGGUUUGCACCACGCACCAGUAGACAGCAUAGGUCAGCACUGGUCUCUCCGCGAUGGGCUUGCUGUCACAAGGGUCACCGCUCAACUGGGAGGAAACCAAGAAGUACGCAGAUCACAUCCGUAAACAUGGUAUCAUUCAGUUCCUCAACAUCUACAAUAAAGUGAAAGACCGCCAGAGAGACGUGUUGAAAUGGGGAGACGAGGUGGAGUACAUGUUGAUUGAAAUGGACGAGGCAAACGAGAAGGUUCGAAUUGUUCUCAGUGGAGGGGAAGUUUUAGAAACGCUUCAAGAACAAGGUGAAAAGAUCAACCCUAACCACCCCACCCUGUGGAGGCCGGAGUACGGCAGCUACAUGAUCGAAGGCACCCCCGGCCAGCCGUACGGCGGCACCAUGUCGGAGUUCAACACCGUGGAGGACAACAUGGACAAGAGGCGACGAGAGGCCUCUGCCGCGCUGAAGCCCAACGAGACCCUCUGCACAGUCACCGCCUUCCCCAGGUUAGGUUGCCCGGGUUUCACCAAACCAGAGUAUCGCCCGACACCUGUGGAAGCGGGGGUCUCCAGGUCUUUGUUCUUCCCAGACGAAGCGAUCAAUACACAUCCAAGAUUCAGCACGUUGACCAGAAACAUACGUCACAGGAGAGGCGAGAAAGUGGUCAUCAAUGUACCAAUCUUCAGGGACCAGAAAACCCCAACUCCCUUCGUGGAGAACUUUCCGGAGGACGACGGGGAGGGGGCGAGAGCCGCGCUACCAGACCACAUCUACAUGGACGCCAUGGGCUUCGGGAUGGGCAACUGUUGCCUCCAGGUGACAUUCCAAGCGUGCAGCAUUGCCGAGGCAAGAUAUCUGUACGACCAACUGGCAACAUUCUGCCCUAUUGUGAUGGCCCUGAGUGCUGCCUCACCCUUCUACCGGGGGUACGUGUCCGAUAUUGAUUGCCGCUGGGGGGUUAUUUCUGCCUCGGUGGAUGACCGCACACCGGAGGAAAGAGGCCUUAAGCCUUUGAAAAACGACAAAUACAGAAUCUUCAAGUCGCGCUACGACUCCAUCGACAGCUACCUCUCCAGCUGCGGGGAGAAGUACAACGACAUCGACCUGACCAUCGACGAGGACAUCUACAAACAGCUCCUGGAUGGAGGGAUCGACAAGCUGCUGGCUCAACACAUAGCCCACCUCUUCAUCCGAGACCCUCUUUCAAUAUUUGAGGAGAAGCUGAACCUGGACGACGAGAACGAGUCCGAUCACUUCGAGAACCUCCAGUCCACCAACUGGCAGACCAUGAGAUUCAAACCCCCGCCCCCAAACUCGGACAUCGGCUGGAGGGUUGAAUUCCGCCCCAUGGAGGUGCAGCUGACUGACUUUGAGAACUCUGCGUACGUGGUGUUCGUCGUGCUCCUCACAAGAGUGAUCCUAUCCUACAAAUUGGACUUCCUCAUCCCCCUGUCUAAGGUGGACGAGAACAUGAAGGUCGCGCAGAAGAGGAACGCUGUGCAGGAAGACAUGUUCUACUUCCGGAAGGACAUCUUCAAAGGGUGCAACCCCGGGCUGGACGGCGCCACGGCGUCCGCCCAGAACGGCGUGGAGACGGACGGCGACAGCGAGGAGUACAUGCUGAUGAGCAUCGACACCAUCAUCAACGGGAAGGAGGGCGUGUUCCCGGGGCUGAUCCCCAUCCUCAACUGCUACCUGGAGAACAUGGAGGUGGACGUGGACACGCGCUGCACCAUCCUCAAUUACCUGAAGCUCAUCAAGAAACGAGCCUCAGGGGAGCUCAUGACCAUGGCCAAGUGGAUGAGGGAGUUCGUCUCCCAGCACCCGCAGUACCAGCAGGACAGCGUCGUCACCGACAAGAUCAACUACGACCUCCUGAGGAAGUGCGACCGCAUCGCCACGGGGCAGGAGCGCUGCCCCGAGCUCUUCGGGGAGCCCAUCAACCGGUUCAAAUGAGAGCACCGCGGCGUUCUACUGUAGCGUGAACCGAACCGUCGCAGGUCCCGUCGGCAUGUAGAGACCAAGUAUGUGGCUUGUCACGGGGGGGGGGGGGGGUAGCGUUUCAGAGUGCCACACGUGCGCAACUUAAGACACCCAUUUGGCACUAAGUGUGUACAUAAUUGAUCAGAUUUUUAUGAUUAUCGACUUAUUUUAAUAGAACGGAGAAAGAAAAAAAGGUUAAAGCGCGAGGCGUUGAAAUGUGUAUAUAUUUACUUUCUCACUGGUGGUUGAAGGACGCCAGCGUUGGUGAAUGUACAUUUUAGCAGUGGUGUACAAUAGCGGGCAUUUAAUCGUUGUGUGUUGUUGUUUUUUUGUAUAUACAGCACCUACAGGGCUUUUAACAUUAACGUGGGUUCUUUUAAAUUAGUCCUCUCGGCAUGUAGUAGAAAUCUUUCGCUUUUGAAGUGCUGAAUCCUGCUUGCCUUGCUCUGCUGGCACAAUGUAGAAAUGAGAGCUAAAUGCAAGUGGAGAUUGAGACUUUUGCAAUGUUUGCUGUUUCCAAUAAAUCUGCACAGCAUUCAAUCAUGUUGCACGCUCCGCUUUAUGAAAAAAUAAAUGUGUCUUUUCAAUAUUACA